CCCAGAGAAGAAAGAGGAAAAGGAAAAAAUGGCUGCUUCUCAGGUCAAUGUGUCCCAGGGGCUAUUGACAUUCAAGGAUGUGGCCAUAGAGUUCUCUCCAGAGGAGUGGGAAUGCCUGGACCCCCCUCAGCGAAUAUUGUACAGGAACGUGAUGUUAGAGAACCACAGAAACCUGGUUUUUCUGGGACUUGCUAUCUCUAAGCCAGACCUGAUCAAGUGUCUGGAGCAAAGAAAAGAGCCCUGGGAUGUGAAGAGACACAGUACAUUAGCCAAACCUCCAGCUGUGACUUCUCAUUACACUAAGGGCCUGUUACCAGAGAAGAGCAUAGAAGACUUGCUUAUAAAGGUGCCAGUGGGAAGAUAUGAAAGAUUUGGCCUUAAGAACUUACACUUAAAAAAUUCUCAGGAAAGGCAUCAUGAGGGUGAAGGGCAGAUAGGAUGUUCUAUUGUAAAUAACCAUUACAAAUGUAACAAGUGUGGAAAAGUCUUUCAACAACACUCCAAAUUUGUUAUCCACCAGAGUACCCAUAUUUCUAAAAUAGCUUCCAAACAUGAAUAUGGCAAAAUGUUUAACCAGUCCUCAAAAUGUAGUCAACAUCAAAAAACUAGUGGAGGAAAUGUACACAAUAUAUGUGGGAAAGUGUUUAGGAAAUCACCUUAUCUAAAUAGACAUGAAAGAAUCCAGAGUGGAGAAAGAGCCUUCAAAAGUGAACAAAGUGACAAAGUCCUUAGCUAUUACUCAUGCCAUUCUGAACACUGGAAAAUUCUUACUGGAGAGAAUCUCUAUAAAUGUGAAGAAUGUGAUAAAACCUUUACUUGGUAUUCACAUCUUAUUCACCAUCAGAGAAUCCAUACUGCAAAUAAACUCUGCAAAUGUCAAGUAUGUGACAAAGCAUUUCUACAGUACUCACAUCUUAUUCAACAUCAAAGAUACCAUAGUGGAGAGAAACCCUAUAAAUGUGAAGAAUGUGGUAAAGCCUUUCACACUCGUUCAAACCUUACUCGACAUACUAUGAUCCAUACUGGAAAGAAACCCUACAAAUGUGAAGAAUGUGGCAAAGCCUUUUGCACUCGUUCAGUCCUUGCUCGACAUAUGACCAUCCAUACUGAACAGAAACCCUACAAAUGUGAAGAAUGUGGCAAAGCCUUUUGCUCUUAUAAAGGAUUUGCAGAACAUAUGACCAUUCAUCCUGGAGAGAAACCCUACAAAUGUGAAGAAUGUGGCAAAGCCUUUCGUUGGCCCUCAGGUCUUAUUCGACAUCAGAAUACCCAUACUGGAGAGAAACCCUACAAAUGUGAAGAAUGUGGUGAAGCCUUUCGUUGGCACUCAGGUCUUAUUCGACAUCAGAUUACCCAUACUGGAGAGAAACCUUACAAAUGUGAAGAAUGUGGCAAAGCCUUUUGUUGGCACUCGGGUCUUAUUCAGCAUCAGAUUAUGCAUAUUAGAGAGAAAUCCUACAAAUGUGAGGAAUGUGGCAAAGCCUUUCGCUCUCCCAAACAGUUUGCUGGACACAUGACUAUCCAUACUGGAGAGAAACCCUACCAAUGCGAACAUUGUGGCAAAGACUUUCAUUGGUACUCAAAGUUAAUUCAACAUCAGAGAGUUCAUACUGGAGAGAAACCCUACAAAUGUGAAGAAUGUGGCAAAGCCUUUUCUGGGCACUCAAGUCUUAUUGAACAUCAAAGAAUCCAUAGUGGAGAGCAACCCUACAAAUGUGAAGAAUGUGGUAAAAUUUUUCGCUCUCAUAAAGGAUUUGUUGGACACAAGACCAAUCAUACUGGAGAGAAACCCUACAAGUGUGAAGAAUGUGGCAAAGCCUUCAGCUCUCAUAAAGGAUUUGCUGGACAUAAGACCAUUCAUACUGGAGAGAAACCCUACAAGUGUGAAGAAUGUGGCAAUGCCUUUCACUCUUGUAAAGGAUUUGCUAUACAUAUGAGGAUCCAUACUGGAGAGAAACCCUACAAAUGUGAAGAAUGUGGCAAAGCCUUCCACUCUCAUAAAAGAUUUGCUGGACAUAAGACGACUCAUACUGGAGAGAAACCCUACAAAUGUCAAGAAUGUGGUAAAACCUUCCGCUCUCACAAUGGAUUUGCUAUACAUAUGUGGAUUCAUACUGGAGACAAAUCCUACAAAUGUGAAGAAUGUGGCAAAGUCUUUCACUCUCAUAAAGUAUUUGCUGAACAUAAGACCAUCCAUACUGGAGAGAAACCCUACAAAUGUCGGGAAUGUGGCAAAGCCUUCCGCUCUCACAAUGGAUUUGCUGGACACAUGAUCAUCCAUACUGGAGAUAAACUACAAAUGUGA